AUGAACGGCGACAUUAGCCGUAUACCAAUUCAGUCUUUGGGAGCUGUAUUUAGUCUUACGGAUAUUUUACCCGAGCUGCCUUUGCCUUCUGCUCUUCCAUAUGGACCGGGUAACGAUACCUUCCUGUCGGACUCGGUCUUGUCCAAUGACGCCGUAAGGUGCUUGCUUUCAAAAGACGAAACUCUCACGUCGAUACUAGCGGAAGCUCUGACGAAUGUCUCAACCGAUAAUAUCGAUCUCAACGACAAUCCGUCGACGGAGGCGCUUGACGCUUCUAAUCUUCCACCCUUGCUGGUGUCUGUUCUCCAGAAAAACGACUCCGUUUUUCACCGUAAACGCGGACCUUAUCUGGAAUCACAGAAAAGACACGUUGUUCCAAAUUGCAAAUGGAAUUCCCAAUCCACUAACGACCCGAAUGGAUCGCUUGAUGAAGUUUCGGAUGUAAAUGUGAACCCUGACGAAAAGAAGAUUCUUCUCAAGUUUUCAUUUAAACGUCCUCCUGCCGAUGAUUCUACUUGUAAUCCUCAGUCCACCGAGUCAAAAGCCAAGAAAGAAAAGAAAACAAAGCGGUCUAAAGAUCACGAUCGCAAGAGGCAUCGAAGUCGGGAGUCCAAACAGCCAAACCUUUCGGUUAGUAAUCUGCUGGAGUCGAAGUCUAACCAAGGUCUACCUUUCUCCAAACCGACUUCUAAUGCUAUCGAUCCCUUGACAGUGUCGCCGCAGCUCGUUCUAUCUGCCAACGGCACUGCUCCUAUGCCUACCAAGCUAACUAGUGUUGUUCCUUCCAACUUCACAAGUUCAGGGCAGCUUGAUCAGAAAACAUCACUUCCGCCUCCUUCCACCUUGUCUCCGAACAGUAUGCUUGAAGGAAUAGCUGCUAUAAGCAAUCCCUCUUCCCACCCCGCCGAUUUACGCAUGGUCUUUGACACGUCAAUUAUAAAUUCAAGCUCAAGUAGAAUGGACUAUGCAUCCCCUGACCUUUUCCUCAAUGACCUUGCCGUGUCGCAUGCUUUCAAUUCUAGCACAUCAAAUCCUGUUGCCCCUGCUCCACCAAAUUUUUCUGUCAUAGACUACGACAAUUACAUUCCUACGGAUCUCCUGGGCAUGAGUUCAAGCCUUGCUCCAUCAGUAUGCUCUGGUCCGCUGUUUUCUGGCGAAACCGGCCAAGCAAGCAAUUGUUCCCCUUCCCAAGAAAGCAAGGUUUAUCGGGGUUCAUUCAUGGUGGCCUCUCACUUGGAUUAUGAUUUAAAGCGACCCGCCCAAGACCAAGCUUUGUUUUUGGAUAACAUUCCUACCUCCACCUCCGUUUCGGAAUUUAACAACAAUGCUCUGCACAUGUCAACUCCUCAGAAGAUGUCUGCUAGUCAUUUAAAGGGUUAUGAUAUAGCCAGUCUUGCAGAUCCCAUGUACCAGGUCACGCCCAUGGGCCUGGCGAGUUACCUCAACUCCUCGCAACAGAAUCCCAAACCAACACCCUCCAUGCAGUCACCUACCAAUGCGCAUUUACAUUCCAUCAAUAAAGCCUUUAAUUCAUCAGGAAAGCCACCAAGAAGAAGACCAAUGGUAUCCAGACGUCGACGCCGUAAUGAGCUGGAAGAUCUCCGCUCCUGGGCUGUAAAAUACCCCUCUGGAACACCGACCUCUGCGUCCCUCAAAACGAACGCGGCAGACAGACUGUCCGACGAAGCUUCCUCGUGGGAUACUACCAUUGGAAGCUACAGCCAGGCACUUGGUGAACGGGCUAAAAGAAGAAAACGGAUGGCUCAUCAUUCUAGUGCCCUUACAUCGGAUUUUGUUUACGAGAACGACAAGGACUACCCCAAGUGA